GACUCUCCACAAAUAUCUGCAUCAGCAUGGAAUCUUAGCCCUGCAUCACCACCAUCAAUCCUCAUCCCACAGUCAAGAAAAACAAAACAAAACAUUAUUAUUAUUAUUAUUCCCACACUGGUUUUAUUAAAUAAAACUAUAUAAUGUAUAGAAGUGAAUGUCUCUGGAUUGUUCAUGAGGCUAAGAAGAGAAGGGAAGAGUCUUUUUCCUCUGCUCUCUUCACAGCCCAAAACAAAAUGCCAACUUGUGUGUCCAUGUUGACCAAAUCCAACUUGUCAUUCAUCCAACUUAUAUAAUUUUUAUAUAUAUAUCAGAUACAUAUAGAUAUAUAUAAUCAUAGACUAGUGUUAUUGUUAUUGUGAUUGUGUCUGGGUUUAAUCUUGGUUCCUCUGUUUUCUUUGAUGGUUUGGUUGUGAGAAGAGAAGAUUGUACUUUGGUUAGGGUUUGUUCAUUCAAUUCGCCGACAAGAAACUUCGGUUUCAUAUUUGAUUGGUACUUUGGUUGUGGAAGUUAAGAUUGUUGUUGUUGUUGAUUUUGGGAAGAAUGGCUAAUGGAGGAGACAAAAGCAAUGAUUUCUAUGCUGUUCUGGGCUUGAAUAAGGAGUGCACUGAAUCAGAGUUGAGGAAUGCAUAUAAGAAACUUGCACUGAAAUGGCACCCAGAUCGUUGUUCAGCUUCAGGGAAUUUGAAGUUUGUGGAAGAAGCUAAGAAGAAAUUCCAGUCAAUUCAAGAAGCUUAUUCUGUUUUAUCUGAUGCGAACAAAAGAUUAAUGUACGACAUAGGAGUUUAUGAUAGUGAUGAUGACGAAAAUGGUAUGGGAGACUUCUUGAACGAAAUGGUAACAAUGAUGAGUCAGACUGAACCAAAUCAGGAAAAUGGGGAGGAGAGCUUUGAGGAGUUGCAAAAGCUGUUUGAAGAUAUGUUCCAAGCGGAUAUUGGAUUAGGUGGAAGCUCCUCUUUUGCUGCUGCCGGUUGCUCUACUUCAUCCACUUACAUGACUUACAGCGAAAGUUCGAAUUCAAAUAAACGCAAUUCCACCGAGUUUAAUUUUGGGAAGGCGGAGGAUUCUUCUGACUUCGAUGCUCAUUACCCGAACUUCUGCUUUGGGACAGGUGAAGCAGCACCUCCAAGAUAUCAAGAAGGAAAACGUGGGAAUUCCAGAAGGAGGAGGUAGCAGCAGACAUAGAAAUGGUAGAAAACAAAAAAUCUCUCGCGGCCAUGAUGUUUCCUCUAAUGACUACCCCGGAAUUUCGGCUAAUUAAUGAACUUGAUGGCAUGAUAGUUGAUGUGCAUCAAUAUAGCACUUUGGUUAUGGGAACUCCACAAUCUUUUCUGGUUGGUAAAUGCUAAGCUGGUGGAAGAAUUGUGAUUUCAUUCACAAAUGCCUUGAGAAUUUGUUGGUAGUGGCACCUUCAUUUUAUGUACUCAAAGCUGCCAUUAGGAGUUGGAAUUGAAAUCAAUUGACAACUCAUUUUGGUCUCUUCCUUAAUGCAGAUUUCUACUAUUUCCUUUUUAUGGUAAUUAGUCAUAAGUGUAAUAUUGGCCAUUUAUUGCAGUGAUGUGGUACAGCCUCCAUGUUCUCUA